AUGAUUCGUUCAGUUGCCAAAUAUGCAAGAGCAGCAGCAGCAGCCGCAACGAUUCGUGGCCGCGCGAUACCAGUUAGAAGCAGCUCUGUUCGAUACUCGAUUCCGUUGAGGUGGAUUCACGGUGAAAUCAGCGUUCCAGACGCGAAUCAUGUUGCAAUUCAGAUGGUCAACUACGCUCUUUCCCACGCUCGGUCUCAAAAAUCAGGUGUUUUUCCAAUCUAUCUAUCUAUGAUCAUCGCAGUAUUUCAGGUGCUUGCCUUAAACCUUAGUUUCUAA